AUGAAACUUCAAACCAGGAGUUCCCUUGACAAAGGAAACCCAAGUUCCAAGUUACUCCGGCCAAAACGUAUUUUUAGAGAACAAAGCAGACAACGAGACAUAACCCUUCAAGAUGUUGACGCUGACGCAAUUGAACUUCUUGUAGACUUCGCUUAUACCGCUCGCAUUCAAGUCAGUGAGGAUAACGUACAGGCUUUGCUCCCCGCCUCGAGUUUACUACAGUUAACAAGUGUGAAAGACGCUUGCUGUGAAUUUCUAAAAAAUCAGCUUCAUCCUUCGAACUGUCUCGGUAUUCGAGCUUUCGCUGAUACCCACACUUGCACAGACUUACUGGAAUCCUCCCAUCGCUUUGCUCUUCAGCACUUCUUAGAGGUCUCACAGACGGAAGAGUUUAUGCUUCUUUCGGUUGAGCAAGUGUUGGAGCUCAUCUCUAAUAGUGACGUUAAUGUAGAAAGCGAAGAACAAGUGUAUAACGCGGUUAUAAAUUGGGUUAAGUUUGACGUGGACAACAGACGGGAAUUUGUAAGGGAUCUGUUACCCUUUGUAAGAUUGCCGCUUUUGACAAGGGAAUGCUUAAUGACCCGUGUUGAAACUGAAGAUCUCAUCCGAAAUACCCCAGACUGCAAGGACUUGCUCAUUGAAGCAAUGAAAUACCACUUGCUUCCUGAACAGCGCUCGGUACUUCAAAGCCCCAGGACUGUCUGCCGCAAGCCUGCUGGGCAGGUUCCAAUCUUGUUUGCCAUUGGUGGUGGCAGUCUGUUUGCUAUUCACAGUGAGUGUGAGUGUUAUGAUGCUAGGAUUGACAGAUGGUGCAUGGUCACUCCCAUGUCUACCAAGCGUGCCCGGGUGGGUGUCGGGACAGUCAGUGGAAAGAUUUAUGCUGUAGGUGGUUAUGAUGGAAGCAGUGACCUGGCAACAGUUGAAGCUUACUGUCCACAGAGCAACCAGUGGCUGUCAGUACCAUCUAUGGGAACUCGUCGAAGCUGCUUGGGGGUGGCUGUCUUGAAUGGGUUGAUCUAUGCCAUUGGCGGUUAUGAUGGAGCCUCGUGCCUCAACAGUGUGGAGAGGUUUGACCCUCUGACAGCGCAGUGGACAUCAGUGGCCGCAAUGAACACAAGAAGACGGUAUGUGCGUGUAGGUGUGGUUAAUGGCAUAAUUUAUGCCAUAGGAGGCUAUGACGGCAGUGCACACCUUAACACUGUGGAGUGCUUUGAUCCCAUGACCAAUACAUGGAAGCCGGUAGCCAGUAUGGCCAGCAGAAGAAGCAGUGCUGGUGUGGCUGUAUUGAAUGACAUGUUGUAUGUUGUUGGUGAGUUACAUGUACAUGUAAUGCUCAGAAUGGUGGCAAAUGUUGUGAUUUGUAUUAUUUACCAAGCAUCAUGCUCCUACAUACGGUGUAGUAGAUUGCAGUGCCAUUUGGUAACUUAAAACAGGUGGCUCGUGUGCCAAAAAUAUUGUCCAUGUCCAGAUUAAGGUCUGACUUUUGUCUUCUUUGAUCUCCUUUGUCAUGUGCAUGUAACUUUGGGAGGCAUGGUGGCCUCAUGGUUAGUGCACUUGACUCUGGAUUGAAGGGUCUGGGCUCAAGCCCAGACUGGAGACAUUAAGUUGUGUUCUUGGGCAAGAUACACUCUACAGUGCUUCUCUCAGGUGUAUGAGUACCCAGCUGUAUAAAUGUGUACUGUUGAAUUUAAUGCUGGGGGUAACCCUGCAAUGGACUAGCAUCCCAUG